AUGUCUCUGCUUCUCAGAAGGUUAUGGAAGCUCUGCCAUGGGAAACCUGCAGGGGCGGUGGUGAAAAGAUCAUCACUUCUUCUUAGCUCUAAUAGCUACUCAUCUUCUUCCUUGCUUCAGACCCCUCCUUGCUUCGUCCUCACAGUUGCUCCUUGUGGAGAGGAUCUUGGAAAACUUGUGAUUGUUAAGGCUAAUGAGUUUUGCAUCACUGACUUGGAAAAGAAGGUACCUCUGGAUCUGGUGGAUACAGAUGAAAUGCUAAUGGUCGGGGCAUCUAAUGGCUGGGUAGCUACUUUGAAGGACGACGGCAUAGUGCGUCUCCAAGAUGAUCUAAACCCUUUUGCAUCUGAUACAAACCCUAAACGCAUUCCCCUGCCUCCUCUUGUCACUCUUCCUCGCUGCCAAACCCAAAUGGUCACCAACAUGGCGAUGUCCUCGUCUUCUCCCGAGGACAUGGACUGUGUUGUCUCUCUCAAGUUCUUUGGACCUCAGCUGAGCUUUUGCAGACCAGGAGGUAAACCCGAGUGGACCAACAUCAGAAUCGCAAACCCCUGCUUCUACUCAUCCCCUGUCGUGUUUUCCAAGAAACACGGCAUGUUUCGCAUUCUCGCGUCUGGUGGAUACCUUAUUGGAUCGUGGGAUGCCCGCACAGACAAGAAGAGCAAACCCAAGUUCCAGAGGUUGCGGUUUCGAAACGUUCCCAACCUGAGCAAGACCAAACGUGAGCUUUUGAGUUCGUGUUGCACGAGCGAGCACUUGGUGGAGUCAGGAACCACCGGUGAAACUUUCUUGGUUAAGCUGUACAGGAGGCCUAGGGCUAGCGGUUCAGAGAAAAUGCAAACCAAAGCUUUGAUGGUGUUCAAGAUUGACGAUGAAGGUAACGCAGUUUACACUCAAGACAUUGGAGAUCUCUGCAUUUUCCUCUCAAAGUCUGAACCUUUCUGUGUCCCUGCUAGCUCCUUCCCUGGCAUGACCUCUAACCGGGUCGCCUUCUUGGAUUUUGACGAGAACGUUUAUAUUAGUGUGCCCUGUUCCAAUAUCAUUGGUGGCAAUUGUCCUUACGUAGCCCCUUACCAUAUUCCACCUCAAAAUAUAGUCUAA